GAGCGGAGGCGGCGGCGGCCCCCUCCUUCCCCCGCGCUGUCGCCGCCGAGAGUGUCUUUUCACCGCCGCCGCCGCAGGAGAGCGGAGCCAGCGGCGCGAGCGUGACUGAGGGCCGGGCGCACGGGCGGCGGCGCCUCCCGCCGGUCCCUCAGCCGCGCGGCGCCUGGGCCCGCCCCCUCGGCCCCGCCGCCCGCCCCUCUCCGAUGGCCUCUCCCCGCGGCCCAAGUGGAACGCCGCCGCCGCGGCCCCCGCGCCCGCCCCGCGCCGCGUGAAGCGGGAGCCCCGAGACCGCAGCCGCCCGCUGGGACGCGCCAAGCGCCGGAGCCGCCCGCCGCGGCCUGCCCGGGCCCAUCGCUGCCGCCGCCGCCGCCCCACGCCGGAGCCCGACGGGAGCGCGGCUCGAGCAGGAGGCCGGGGCUCGGCCCGCCAGCCGCCGCCGCCGCCGCCACCGGCCCAGGCCCGUCCGUCCGUCCGUGCGCGCGCGGCCGGGCCUCGGGGCGCGGCGGGGGCGGGGCCGCGUCGGGGCGGGCGGGCGCGCGGGCCCCGCGGGGGCGGCGCGUGGAUGGAUCCGCGCGUGGCCUGGAUCCAGCCCGAGCAGAAGGGGCCAGCCAAUGCCCUGUGGAUGCAGAUCUGGGAGACCUCGCAGGGCGUGGGCCGCGGCGGCUCGGGCUUCGCGUCCUACUUCUGCCUCAACUCGCCGGCGCUGGACACGGCGGCCGCGGCGGGGGCGGCCGGGCGGGGCGGUGGCGGCCUGGGCCCCGCGCUACCCGCCGCGUCGCCCCCGCCGCCCGGCCCCGCCGCGCCCGCCGCGCUGCCCCCCGCGCUGCUGACGGCGCUGGGGCCCGCGGCCGAGGGCGCGCGGCGCUUGCACAAGUCGCCGUCGCUGUCGUCCUCGUCGUCGUCCUCGUCCAACGCGGAGUCGGGCACCGAGAGCCCCGGCUGCUCGUCGUCGUCCUCCAGCAGCGCCUCGCUGGGCCGGCCGGGCGGCGGCCGCGGCGGCGCCUUCUUCAACUUCGCCGACGGCGCGCCCAGCGCCCCCGGCACAGCCAACGGGCACCCCGGGCCGCGCGGCCCCGCGCCCGCCGGCUCCCCGUCGCAGCACCAGUUCCACCCGGGUCGCCGGAAACGCGAGAACAAGGCCAGCACCUACGGCCUCAACUACCUGCUGUCCGGCAGCCGCGCGGCCGCCCUCAGCGGAGGGGGCGGCCCCGGGGCCCAGGCGCCGCGGCCCGGCACCCCGUGGAAGAGCCGCGCGUACAGCCCGGGCAUCCAGGGACUACAUGAGGAAAUAAUUGACUUUUAUAACUUCAUGUCCCCUUGUCCUGAAGAAGCAGCUAUGAGAAGAGAGGUGGUGAAACGGAUCGAAACUGUGGUGAAAGACCUUUGGCCGACGGCUGAUGUACAGAUAUUUGGCAGCUUUAGUACAGGUCUCUAUCUUCCAACUAGCGACAUAGACCUGGUGGUCUUCGGGAAAUGGGAGCGUCCUCCUUUACAGCUGCUGGAGCAGGCCCUGCGGAAGCACAACGUGGCUGAGCCGUGUUCCAUCAAAGUCCUGGACAAGGCCACGGUACCAAUAAUAAAGCUCACAGAUCAGGAGACUGAAGUGAAAGUUGACAUCAGCUUUAACAUGGAGACGGGCGUCCGGGCAGCGGAGUUCAUCAAGAAUUACAUGAAGAAAUAUUCAUUGCUGCCUUACUUGAUUUUAGUAUUGAAACAGUUCCUUCUGCAGAGGGACCUGAAUGAAGUUUUUACAGGUGGAAUUAGCUCAUACAGCCUAAUUUUAAUGGCCAUUAGCUUUCUACAGUUGCAUCCAAGAAUUGAUGCCCGGAGAGCUGAUGAAAACCUUGGAAUGCUUCUUGUAGAAUUUUUUGAACUCUAUGGGAGAAAUUUUAAUUACUUGAAAACCGGUAUUAGAAUCAAAGAAGGAGGUGCCUAUAUCGCCAAAGAGGAGAUCAUGAAAGCCAUGACCAGCGGGUACAGACCGUCGAUGCUGUGCAUUGAGGACCCCCUGCUGCCAGGGAAUGACGUUGGCCGGAGCUCCUAUGGCGCCAUGCAGGUGAAGCAGGUCUUCGACUAUGCCUACAUAGUGCUCAGCCAUGCCGUGUCGCCGCUGGCCAGGUCCUAUCCAAACAGAGAUGCCGAAAGUACUUUAGGAAGAAUCAUCAAAGUAACUCAGGAGGUGAUUGACUACCGGAGGUGGAUCAAAGAGAAGUGGGGCAGCAAAGCCCACCUGUCACCAGGCAUGGACAACAGGAUCAAGAUCAAAGAGCGAAUAGCCACGUGCAAUGGGGAGCAGGCGCAGAACCGAGAGCCUGAGUCUCCCUAUGGCCAGCGCUUGACUUUGUCGCUGUCCAGCCCCCAGCUCCUGUCUUCAGGCUCCUCGGCCUCUUCUGUGUCUUCACUUUCUGGGAGUGAUGUUGAUUCAGACACACCGCCCUGCACAACGCCCAGUGUUUACCAGUUCAGUCUGCAAGCGCCAGCUCCUCUCAUGGCCGGCUUACCCACCGCCUUGCCAAUGCCCAGUGGCAAACCUCAGCCCACCACUUCCAGAACACUGAUCAUGACAACCAACAAUCAGACCAGGUUUACUAUACCUCCACCGACCCUAGGGGUUGCUCCUGUUCCUUGCAGACAAGCUGGUGUAGAAGGAACUGCGUCUUUGAAAGCCGUCCACCACAUGUCUUCCCCGGCCAUUCCCUCAGCGUCCCCCAACCCGCUCUCAAGCCCUCAUCUGUAUCAUAAGCAGCACAAUGGCAUGAAACUGUCCAUGAAGGGCUCUCACGGCCACACCCAAGGCGGCGGCUACAGCUCUGUGGGUAGCGGAGGUGUGCGGCCCCCUGUGGGCAACAGGGGACACCACCAGUAUAACCGCACCGGCUGGAGGAGGAAAAAACACACACACACGCGGGACAGUCUGCCCGUCAGCCUCAGCAGAUAAUGGCUCCUGGCUGCGUCAGCGUCCCCCACCCCUCCGCAGACUGCCCUGCGGCCUCGGCCACCGGCAGGGGAACCGAGACCAGCACCCCGCACGUCAGCCGGGCUCGCGGCAUGCCCGCCGCUGAUCACUCUGCAUGUUUCUUUGUGUGGUGGUCGCGUCCAUCUUCAAGAACAGCUCGUUGUGCUCAUCUGUGAAGCCUUAUUAAACGUGGACGUUGUUUUCUGCCUUCCCAGGAUUCUUCCUUCAGUGCUGAGGCAGGUCGCGCUCAGGAACUGCAGGGACGUGAACAUGCACUUGCGGUUUGAGGUAGCCGUGUCUGUUCCUUCACAGUUUGCCGUCUGUUCCUUCGCGGUUUGCUAUUUUCGUUUCCUGUUUGUCAAAGCAGCAGAGGAGAUCAAACCCCGUUCGUGUGUCUUUCCUCCACGGAUAGGCUUGGGAGGUCAUUGUUUUACUGCCCUCACAUUUUGUUUGAAAUUUCAGAACUGUUUUUCUAUGUAAAUAUUGAAAACCUAUGAUUUGUGCAAUAACUCAGAUAUUUUUUAUUUAAUUUCCUAUUUUCACAUAAGUUAUAUUUAAGGGAGGAGGGAAUUUUUUUUUAAACAAGCUUAGGUCCUUUCCCGAGCUGCAUUUUCUAAGUUGGGUCAUCGUGUCGGCUGGUUGUCUGACGAGCAUCGUUACAAACACCAUGAUGAGGGGUUUGGGGUUUUAUUUUGAUGUCUUUUCUUUUGCUCGGAAGUGAGUGAAGGAGCCAGGUUGCCCUGACGGUUUUCCAAAGGGCUCGGCUCCAGAGCCACCUGACAGACUGCCCGUGGCCCUGCUGUCGGGCCCCAGGCCGUUGUCUUGCUCUGACCACAGAGUUUUAAUGUUUUGGUUUUCAGUUCUUUUAAACUGGACAACAAAUCCAGCAUUUCAAGUGCCAGAAGUAUAACUUUCUAAGGAGAGAAGGGUUGUCACAUUAUAAAAUCUUUAGGAAAAUGUGAACUGGAAAAUGCUUCGGUCAGUUUUAGUGACAUAGCCUGUGAUGAUGGGUCUGGUGACUAUUAUCGCGGACCGUGGUACCCAGUUUUAGGAAUGUGGAGAAAGGAAUUCUGUUGAUUCCGUUGAGGAAUCUGUAGCGUAUGCAUUCGUUCUGUUAAGAGCAAAUCCAGGAGAAGUGCGUCAGCUGCCCAGUGCGCCGUGGGGAGUGUUUGAACGGAUCGUGUCGCAGGACAGCACAGCCCAGCGCUGGGGCCAGGACCGCUGGCGCCCGCCGUCGGAAGCAUACAGGUAUACUAUGCAAGUGUGUUCCGCCACAACCACCACUGUCUUUGUUACCUUUUUUUGAACAAGAAUAUAUCCAUCCUGCCUAACCCUGAGUUUUUGGAGCACCACAGUUGUCCUGGGAGUUGGUUGCAUCUUGUAGGCCAUCUGACUUCCUGUUUUUAAAACGGGGGUCUGGUCUUGCUAAACACUACAGGUAGGUUGGCCUUUGAAGUCCACUAGUGGAGAAUGUCGAGACAAGAUACUUAUUACCAUGACAUCUGAUGGAUGUGCGGCAGUGGGGAGUUCUAGAUUGAUCUCUGAAUGUGAUCGACGCCCAGCAAGGACAAGCUUUAAGAUGUCUGCGGUCUGCCCUUUUGAAGCAGGACUGGCUCACUCUGUCAUUGGGAGCUGUCAGCUGCGACUGCGGGUUCUCUAGGAGGCAUUCCAGAAUAGAGUAGCACACUGUGUCUGCAGUUCUCGAUGACCGAAAGUUAUCAAAAAUAUUUAAAAUAUUUAAAUUGUGAACCUAUUGAUAAAGAAUAUUUAUAAAAACUGAUCUAUAGGCCUGUACUAAUCUCUACGCAUUAGCAAUAUUGACUGUAAACCCACAUUAAGGAAACCACUACGGGGCUGGCAGUGUGUGUCCUGUGGGGUGUGCAUUUUAAAGCUCGAUUCAUAGACACAGGUACCAUGUUCCAUUUCUGUCAUGGUGAAGCAAAUGAAUUGGCCUGGCUACCACUGUGGUCGCGUGCUACAGGUUUGACAAAAAAAUAUCAUGUUUCGAUUUUUUUGUGUGUGGACAACAAUAUGGAAGCUAAAAUUGACAUAUUUUUAUGUAAAGUUUUUCUAUUCUUUGAUUUUUAAUAAACUUUGGAAACCA